UGUUCCAUACUUUUUUACUGUGAUCUGAAAGGGGUCUUGAGAUGAAUGAUCCUGUACUCAUCUUCCACCAGCCAAUCGAUCUGUUUAUUAUUUGGCUUUAAGAAGAAACCCCUCCACCAUGAUGGAGCAAAAACUGUUACUUGGCUAUGUCAAGAGAAAGCAAUGCAAUAAGUACAAAGCGUGCUGAUUAACGCACCUUUGUCUAUCUCUAUCAGACAGAGAGCUACAUAUUGAUGGAGACUGCUAUCCUCAUCUGUAACUACAUCAAGCUAGAGAGACUGUUAUAAUACAAGUGGACUGAGGCAGCCAUAAGUAGAGAAACCAGGAAUGCUUGCCCCGAUCUCUACUCUUCAGUCUUGGCCCUGUUUCAACUUUCAGUUUCAUACGUGGAAAAAUCGAAACUAACUCAGCUGAGUGUUAGUCAAAGAAGGUGUGUCCUGCUCCUUGAUGACAGGUUGCUCAGAGACUGCUGAUUUCCACCCCUAUAUAAAGAGAGUCCCCGGCAUACAGGGACUGCUCUGCUCCAGGCAUCUGCCACAAUGUGGGUGCUCACACCUGCUGCUUUUCCUGGGAAGCUCCUGAGUGUGUUCAGGCAACCUCUGAGCUCUCUGUGGAGGAGCCUGGUCCUGCUGUUGUGCUGGCUGAGGGCAACCUUCUGGCUGCUAGCUACCAAGAGGACAAAGCAGCAGCUGGUUCUGAGAGAGCCAGAUGAGACCAAAGAAGAGGAAGAGGACCCUCCUCUGCCCACCAUCCCAACCAGCGUCAACUAUCACUUCACUCGCCAGUGCAACUACAAAUGCGGCUUCUGUUUCCACACAGCCAAAACAUCCUUUGUGCUGCCCCUUGAGGAAGCAAAGAGAGGAUUGCUUUUGCUUAAGGAAGCUGGUAUGGAGAAGAUCAACUUUUCAGGUGGAGAGCCAUUUAUUCACGACCGGGGAGAAUACCUGGGCAAGUUGGUGAAGUUCUGCAAGGCAGAGCUGCAACUGCCCAGCGUGAGCAUCAUAAGCAACGGAAGCCUGAUCCGGGAGAGGUGGUUCCAGAAUUAUGGUGAGUAUUUGGACAUUCUCGCUAUCUCCUGUGACAGCUUUGACGAGGAAGUCAAUGUCCUUAUUGGCCGUGGCCAAGGAAAGAAGAACCACGUAGAAAACCUUCAAAAGCUGAGGACGUGGUGUAGGGAUUAUAGAGUCGCUUUCAAGAUAAAUUCUGUCGUUAAUCGUUUCAACGUGGAAGAGGACAUGACGGAGCAGAUCAAAGCACUAAACCCCGUCCGCUGGAAAGUGUUCCAGUGCCUCUUAAUUGAGGGUGAGAAUUGUGGAGAAGAUGCUCUAAGAGAAGCAGAAAGAUUUGUUAUUGGUGAUGAAGAAUUUGAAAGAUUCUUGGAGCGCCACAAAGAAGUGUCCUGCUUGGUGCCUGAAUCUAACCAGAAGAUGAAAGACUCCUACCUUAUUCUGGAUGAAUAUAUGCGCUUUCUGAACUGUAGAAAGGGACGGAAGGACCCUUCCAAGUCCAUCCUGGAUGUUGGUGUAGAAGAAGCUAUACAAUUCAGUGGAUUUGAUGAAAAGAUGUUUCUGAAGCGAGGAGGAAAAUACAUAUGGAGUAAGGCUGAUCUGAAGCUGGAUUGGUAGAGUGGAAAGUGGAACGAAACUUCAACACACCAGUGGGAAAACUCCUAGAGUGACUGCCAUUGUCUGCAAUCUUAUCCCGUUGGUAUUUCCCAAUGGCUGAAAACCUGAUUUUCUGCUGCACAUGACAUCUGAUUACCUGUGGUCACUGAACACAUGAAUAACUUGGAUAGCAAAUCCUGAGACAAUGGAAAACCAUUAACUUUACUUCAUUGGCUUAUAACCUUGUUGUUACUGAAACAGCACUUCUGUUUUUGAGUUUGAUUUAGCUAAAAAGAAGGAACACACAGGAAUAAUGACCUCAAAAAAGCUUAGAUAAGGCGCCUAUACACAGGACCUGACAUUUAGCUCAAUGAUGCGUUUGUAAGAAAUAAGCUCUAGUGAUAUCUGUGGGGGCAAUAUUUAAUUUGAAUUUGAUUUUUUAAGCAAUGUUUACCAUGAUUUCUAUAUUUCCAUUUUGAAGCUAUUUCUUGUUCCAGGUUUGUUCAUUUGACAGAGUCAAUAUUUUUUGCUAAAUAUCCAGAUACCAGUUUUCACAUCUCAGACAUUACAAAGUAUCUGCCUCAAUUAUUUCUGCUGGUUAUAAUGCUUUAUUUUUUUUGCCUUUAUGCCAUUGCAGUGUUGUACUUUUUACUGUGAAGUAUAGAAAUAGUCAACAGCUGUUUCCAAGAACAUAUGAUAUGAUAAUCCUACCAAUUUUCAACAAGUCCCUAGAAAGAGAUAACACAUGGAAAGACGGUGUGGUGCAGCCCAGCCCACGGUGGCUGUUCCAUGAAUGCUGGCUACCUAUGUGUGUGGUACCUGUUGUGCCCCUUUCUCUUCAAAGAUCCUGAGCAAAACCAAGAUGCACUUUCCAUUUGAUGAUGGAGUUGACGUGGGGGCAGUGCUUGCAUUGCUUUGUUCACCUAUCAUUUGGCCACAUGAGGCUGUCAAGCAAAAGAAUAGGAGUGUAGUUGAAUAGCUGGUUGGCCCUACAUCUCUGAGAAGUGAUGGCACACUGGGUUGGCAUAAGAUAUCCUAAAAUCACGCUGGAACCUUGGGCAAGGAAGAAUGUGAACAAGAGUAGAGAGAGUGCCUGGAUUUCAUGUCAGUGAAGCCAUGUCACCAUAUCAUAUUUUUGAAUGAACUCUGAGUCAAUUGAAAUAGGGUACCAUCUAGGUCAGUUUAAGAAGAGUCAGCUCAGAGAAAGCAAGCAUGAGGGAAAAUGUCACGUAAACUAGAUCAGAGAACAAAAUCCUCUCCUUCUGGAAAUAUCUCAUGCAGUUUGUUGAUAUCACUUAGUAUCUUAUUGCCUAAAAAAUAAUUUCUUAUCAUUGUUUCAAAAAAGCAAAAUCAUGGAAAAUUUUUGUUGUCCAGGCAAAUAAAAGGUCAUUUUAAUUCA